GUCAAUCGUUAGUUGGAUAUUUAGUGCUUCAUUCUUAUCUCCAAAAGAUCUUCAGAAAUUCUGUGUACUAAUCCCACAGCACAGUAUCAGCGUAUACUUCCUUUUUCGGCGAAAGAAAGAGAGAAGAAUGGGUGUUUUGGAUCAUGUUUCUGAUUACUUCGACUGCUCCACUGGCAGGUCGAGGCACAAACACAAGCAGUUACAGACGGUGGAGCUGAGGGUGAAGAUAGACUGCGAAGGAUGUGAGCAUAAAGUGAAGAGGGCGUUGGAAGGUAUGAAGGGGGUGAAGGAAGUGGAGGUAGAGCGCAAGGCUAACAAGGUGACGGUCUUCGGAUACGUGGAGCCGUCGAAGGUGGUGGCGCGUGUGCAACAUCGGACGGGCAAGAAGGCGGAGCUAUGGCCCUACGUUCCUUACGACGUGGUGGGACAUCCAUAUGCCCCUGGGGUUUACGACAAGAAGGCUCCGGCGGGGUACGUGCGAAAUGCAUAUGAUCAGCAAAUGACACAACUCGCACGUGCUAGCUCAACUGAAGUGAGAUACACCACCGCUUUCAGUGACGACAACCCCAACGCAUGUGCUGUUAUGUGAUAAUGACAUUGUAUAUAUCAUCAAUAUUUAUUAUUUACCAUAAACAGAAAAAAAAAAAAAGAAAAAAAAGAAAAGAGUUUAUGGUAGUGUAAUUGUGUAUUAAAAUUUUGAAUUGUUUAUUUGUUUAGGUUUUUCUUAUGGAGAAAAAAAAUUAGGAAGUUCGAAUAUAUAUAUAUAUAUAUA